UCUCUGGUGUCAAUUCCUCUAACUACUUAACAUCUACCUACCCCUUGUUCAGCCCCGUCCGAGAACAACAUAUACAACUCAACCUACUCUUAACAUAUCCUCUACUACAUACAACGAAAAACCACAACCACAACCACAAUGCCAACCAACACCCUCCUCCGAACAACCCGCCUCACCCGCCUAGCUCUCCCCCAAACCCUCCGUCCCUCCAACCGCCUAACCCAACCCCUCCUCACUCAGACCCGAACAUACGCCACAAAAGACCAAACCAGCGACAAAUACCACGACCGCACCAAGCUCGACCCGCAGCGCUCAGAGGUCACCAAGUCCGGCACGGACGCCGAAGUCGCCAGCCACCCCGCAGCCUUCGACCCCAGCAAGACGUCGCCCGAGAGCGAGAUGAAGGCCACCGAGGAGGAGAGUAAGCAGGCGGGCAAGACGAGCAAUCCGCUGAAUAUGAGCCCGGCGAAUAGUGAGACGAAUGAUUGGCAGAAUCAGGCGGAGCAGGGGGCGACGAGGAAUGAGGAUAAGGAGAGGAGUAGUGAGAGGGGGACGACGAGGAAGAAUAGGGAGGUUAAUAAGUCGGGGGAGUGGAGGAAGAAGUAUUAGUUGAUUUCUUUUUUCUUGGGUACUUUGGUUUUCGUUGUGUAUAAUACUACUGGUACUUCUAUUAGGGUUAUCGAAUAAAGCAUCAAUAUAUGUGUAUAUCCG